AUGUUCGUCCUCCCGGCAGGUGUCGAUCCAGUAACCGUUGACGUCACAGCACCUUCGUUUUCAUCAAAUGUGCUGUCACAUCACGUUACGGUAAACAGUGAUGCCUCUAUGAAGCUCGAAAUCGACAUUUCAUUGCAACUGGUGGGGAACGAACAAUCUUCUAAAGGAAUCCACGUUCAGGCCAGCGGAGAUAUAGUGCUCUUAAUUAUCAACAGACAAAAGUUCACUAGCGACGGGUACCUAGCUUUGCCAGUUCAUGCUCUAGGCAAGGAGUACUACGCCGUUUCAGAAUACCCUGAUGAUAACUGCCAAUUUGCUAUCGUUGCGACACAGGACGGGACGGUUGUUGAUAUCACACUUUCAAACAACAAGAACGCGAAGUCUGUGCAGUUUGCCGAAACUGUGCACAUACCUGGCGAGACAUUUCAGGUUACUUUGGACAAAUUUGGCACAGUGCAGAUACAAAGUGAUGGCGAUUUGACAGGAUCUUAUAUAAGUUCCAACAAACCUAUUGCUUUCCUGAGUGGGAAUCGACGAACCAUAGUUGACUCGGGAUUUAGCAGUGAUCAUUUGGUAGAGCAGCUUUUCUCGGUGGAUAAAUGGGGCAAAAAGUACAAUGUUGUCCCUGUCCCUGAAAGAACAGUUGGCGAUUUUUUCAAAGUUGUCGCUAGUGUAGAUUCCACAUCAAUUGAUGUGGCUUGUCUAAAAGACACUGACAGCUACAACACGGUUGUGUCACUUGUGAAAGCUGGAGACUUCGAAAUGUUGCAUAUCAAACCUGGGCGGUAUUGUUCAUUCAAGUCAAACAAUGCAAUAAUGGUUAUUCAAUUUGUGCUAAGCCAGUCCAACAAUAAAGACAAGCACGAUCCAUCUAUGAUACUGAUAACCCCAGAAGAACAAUACCUAUCAAAUUACAUGUUCACAACACCAAGAAUUACUGGAGGCAGCUAUGAAAACUUCUUAAUGAUUGUUGUGAAAACCAAUCAGAAGUCUGGGCUUCGAUUAGACGGGAACGAGCUACCCGUAAACACUAACUUCCAAGACAUCCCGGGGACAGAUUUGGCAGGCUGUUAUAUAACGGUAAACGACGGAUACCACAAUAUUGGCCAUGUGUCUCCUAUAGCAGUUUUCUCUGGGAUCCUCUACGGGCGGGCUAAGUACGAGAGUUACGGGAUAUCUAUUGGACUUCGCCUCGGACCGGUGAAUCUGGUUAGUAUGACUCCAUAG